UAUACCCCAGCGGUCGUCUGCAGAGUCACUGUUCACCAUGAAGUUUACAGCCCUGCUUCUGUGUGGAUUGGCACUCGCCGCGGCCGGCCCUCAAGGCCAGCAAGGCAACCAAAGCUUCAACGAGAAGCAGCAGAGCUUGCUGAAGUUGUUCGUGAAUGUACAACAGCCCAACUACAACCAGGACCAGCAGCAGAUCGGCAACAACUUCAACUUCAACAACCAGAACUUCAACAACGCCAACGCCGUAAAGCAGUUCCAGAACGCAUACCAGCAGGGUCUGUUGCCCCGUGGACAAGUGUUCAACUACAACAACCCCAACCAGCUCCAACAGGCCAUCCAGCUGUUCGACGUGUUCUACUUCGCCAAGGACUUUGACACCUUCUACCAGGCCGCUUGCUGGGCCCGUGACCGCGUCAACGAGGGACAGUUCGUCUACGCUCUGAGCGUCGCCAUCGUCAAGCGUCAAGACACCCAGGGCGUCGUCCUGCCUCCCCAGUCCGAGGUCUACCCCAACCUGUACGUCAACGCUCAGGCCAUCCAGCAGGCCCAGAACAACAAGCAGCAAGGCCAGAAGCAAGCCGUCUUCCAGUCCAACAACACCAACAACUACGUCCAGAACCAGCAGCAGAAGCAACAACAGCAACAGCAGCAGCAACAACAGCAGCAGCAGGGUAACCAGAACCAGUACCAGCAGCUGUUCAACAACCAGUACCAGAACAACCAGAACUACGACAAUGAGAACCAGGCUAACCAGUACCAGAACCAGCAGCAGCAGAACCAGGAGGCUCGCGUCGCCUACUUCAGCGAGGACAUCAACCUGAACCAGCAGUUCGCCAACCAGCAGAUCUUCAACCCCACCUGGUUCAACCAGCAGAAGUACAACCAGAAGAACCAGAACGCCAACCAAGGCGAGAACUUCUUCUACUACCUGCAACAGGUUCUGGCUCGUUACAACCUGGAGAGGUACGCCAACAACUUGCCCAACGUGCAGCCAUUCCAGUUCAACCAGAACGUUCAGCCCGGCUACAACCCCCAGCUGCAGUACCACAACGGCCAGGCCGUGCCCGCCCGUCCCAACAACGUCAACAUCAACAACGCCAACAACAACUACCUGCAACAACUGCAGAACAUUGACAGGCGCAUCGCCGACGCCGUCGACAGCCAGCAGGUCAAGAACGACCAGGGAACCAAGCAGUCUCUGAACGCCGAGAACGGAGUCGCUGUUCUGGGUAACAUUGUGCAAGCCAACGAGAACUCUGUCAACAACCAGUACUACGCUGCCAACAACGGAUUCUACGGUUACUUCGAUGUCUUCAGGAAGGUGGUUGGCAGCAUCGUCGACCCCAACAACCAGUACCAGGCCGCCCCCGGAGCUAUCGAGACCAACUCCGCUGCCCUGAGGGACCCCGUCUUCUACCAGGUCAUCGCCCGCGUCGUCAACUACUUCCAGAACUUCAAGAACCAACUGAAGCCCUACAACAAGGAGCAGGUCAACUUUGACGGUGUUCAAGUUCAGUCUGUGAACGUCGACAAGCUGGUCACUUACUUCGACAACAACGAGGUGGACCUUUACAACGCCAUCAACUACCAGCAGGGAGAGCAGGCCGAGAACUACCAGUACAAGGCCCAGCAACAGCAGCUCAACAACAAGCCCUUCAACUACCAGAUCCAGGUCAACAGCCAGCAGGAAGCCGACGCCAUCGUGCGAGUCUUCAUCGGACCCCAGUACGACGCCCAAGGCAACCAGUACACUCUGGAGCAGGCCAGGCAGAACUUUGUCGAGAUUGACCGUUUCGUCACCAAGCUCCAGAACGGCCAGAACCAGAUCCAGCGCAACUCCCAGCAGUCCACCAGGUUCGUCCAGCAGCAGCCCAACACUCGCGCCAUCUUCAACCAGGCUCAGCAAGGUAACCUGUACUACAACCAGACUCAACAGCAGCAGCAGCAGUACACUCUGCCUCAGAACCUGAUCCUGCCCAAGGGAUCUCAGAACGGCCAGCAGUACGUGUUCGUGGUCGCUGUCAACCAGUACCAGCCCAACAACAACAACAACCAGAACAACCAGGACAACAACCAGAACCAGAACAACGACAACCGUCCUCAGGGCUUCCCCUUCGACCGUCAAGUCCAGGCCAACACCUUCCAGCAGGCCAAGAACGUCUUCUUCCAGACUGUCACCGUCUACAACAAGAACAACAACAACAACAACAAAAACAACCAGAACUGAACACUGAACAGUAUCAUCUACAUUGAGUAAUCAUGAAAAAAUUGUAUCAUACAUCAUCUAAUAAGUGUGGAAGAAAAUAAAUUUCCCAUUUCAUACAAUC